AGAGCGUGGGAGUUUCUCGGCGGCCUCCGCCUUCGUCGUCGCGUCUCGCUUGGGCGUCGCUUCCUGCGGCUUGUGCCGCGGCAGAGCGAGGCCCUCAUUCCUGCUGGAGGGGUCAGGGGACCCCUGCCGAGGCGGGGCCGGGGAGAAGAGCAGUCGGUGGAGGUUUCCAGAGGGGCUUGAGGGAUCGAGGGAGGCGGGGGUGCAGGAAGGGCUUGGCAACCGAUUUGGUCCCGCCAAAGGCCGCUCUCUCCCCUCGAAGCUUUGUCCCCGCGGCCCUGUGGCGACUUGAAGACGCCGCCCUGCAGACCCCCAGAUGGCGUCGACGCGCCCGACGCCCGACGCCCAGGGACCGACGCUGUUUGAAGACCUGGCUGUGUACUUUUCCCAGGAGGAAUGUGUGAGUCUGCAACCUGACCCACAAGAGCGCUCUGAGGACGGGGCCCUAAUAGGAGGGGAAGGCAAGACUGAGAUUAAUCAGCAGUUAAGCCUAGAAUCUAUGGAACUUGAAGAGAAUUCCCUGGAGAAGUACUCCAUUUCUCCGCCCUUUGUCGGUUAUCCAGAAAAAUCUUCUGAGGAUGAAGUUGAAAUCCCUGAAAGGAAAAUAUCAGGUGGAACUUCCACUUGCAAGAAAAGGUUCAUAAGCCUUUUAGUUACCAUUGAAAACCAUACCCCAUUAGUAGAACUAUCUCAGUAUUUAGGAACCACAGCACUUUCUGAAAUUCUUGAAUGUCCCUGGGAAGAACCCAAAAAUGUAUACAAGUGUCCUGAUUGUGACCAAACUUUCAGCGAUAAUUCAUACCUUGUUUUGCAUCAGACAAUUCAUUCAGGAGAGAAAAAGUACAAAUGUGAUGAAUGUGGGAAGAUCUUCAAUCAUAGAGCCAAUUUGAGGACACACAAGAGAAUACACACUGGCGAGAAGCCUUAUAAGUGUACCAAGUGUGAUGCCAGCUUCCGCCAGCAGUCACAUCUGUCCCGGCACAUGAACAGCCACGUAAAGGAGAAACCCUAUACGUGUGGCAUAUGUGGGAGAGGUUUUAUGUGGCUCCCAGGAUUGGUACAGCAUCAGAAAAGCCACACUGCUGAAAAACCAUAUGAACGUGCUAACCAUGGUAAAAAUCCUGGUGAGAAAACUAAUCUAGCUUUGCAUGAAAACACACACACAUCAGCCACCCCUUGCCAGUAUACUGAGUACAAGAACAGCUUCGAGCCACCUUCAUACCCUUCCCUCCCUGAGAAGGGCCACAAGGAGGACUCUGAACACUGCAGUAUUGAUGAUGAAAACUUUUUUUUAUUUUCCAAAUUCAAACCCUUACAGUGUCCUGAGUGUGACAUGACCUUCCCUUGUUUCUCUAAACUUGUUUCUCACCAAAACAUUCAUAUUGUGGAAAAUCCCCAUAAAUGCAAAGUAUGUGCAAAAAGUUUUGCUUUGGAGUCAGAACUUGCAUACCACCAGAAGAGCCAUACAAGAGAGGAACCAUUUAAAUGUACGGUGUGUGGGAAGAGUUUUAGAGUGAAUAUGCAUCUCAUUACUCAUAAGCGAACCCACAGGAAAAACCCCAUAUAAAUACAACAAGUUUAAAUAGUUGGGCUUUUCAUUGUCUGGUGGGAGGUGUGCUAAAGCUACACACAUUCCGUUCUAUACUUAAUUCUCACCACAGCCUUGGUUUACGCAGUGCUAUUUCUCAUUCCUAGUUUAGGACAGGAAGCAAUACUAUCACAAAACUAGUGAAUGAAGCCAGGAUUGGGACUCACUGAUGAAAUUCCACUUAGGAGAACUUGAAAACCUCAGUUGUCAUUAAAAUGAAGGUUUUUCACUAGACUUUUCUAAUGUGAUUUCUAAGAAUGUUCUAG